UUAAUUCUGUCCCUUCAUUCAGUUUGCAUUCCAUAGUCGCUGAAGAUAAGAUCACCGCCAGACUGUAAAAUCGAUAAAAAAAAAAAAAGUUUGGUCCGGCCUUACCUAACGAUUGAGAGCUUUAUUAUUUACCCUUAGUAAUCCACAGAGCUUUUCAUUCCGUGCUUGUAUGUUUGGACACGGGAGAUUAGCUUAGUUUGCCGAGAAGUUUCUUGUUUAGCGGCGGUUUACACGUGCAUUUUGUGCUGUCGUGUUAGGAUCCUUUGAAUCUCUGUGAUAUUUGAUGCAUGCCAAUUGUAGUUAUUUUGACAGGCCAUCUAUUCUCCAUUUCCGGUAUCUAGGAACAUUCUCUUGUACCUCAUAAAAAAACACUCUAACCGAUGGCGUCUAAACGUGAAACGUGGUAAAUAGACGUAUUCAAGAACGUUUUAUUACACGUUCAGCCACCGGCAAAAGCGCUAUUCGUAUUCGGCUGUACUAAAGAUAUUAUCAUUGUUUGUCUUCUAUUGAAAACUGGUUCAUUAUUGAGAGGCCUUGGAUUCUUGGCUUACAGAUAAGAGACCACAAGCGUCUCUCAGCUUCCUUCGUUCUCUUUACACUAGGAACGAAAACUGAUUCCGACAGGAAGAGCGGAGGAAAUUAACCGAUCGUGUGUUGGCGCGAACUUUUUUGCCCUUCCACGCGCAAAUGAAGGGAACGUGGUAAAAGUCGCUCUUUCGCUUCAAGUGAUCAACGUGAAGAGAAGGUCCCAAGAGACUAGCCUGCCCUCUUUGUUCGGGAAUAUUGUUGAUGAUCGGAUAAUUUUUAUGUUGACCGCCCACCGCUCACAACAAAUCUGCCCUGAGGCUCUUUGCUCUGUUUGUACGUGUGGUCUGAUUGAUCCAGACGAAACUCUUGUGUCGAAAGGCAAGGCACGUUCGUCGACUCUCUGGCCUUUGUUUUGAGGCUCUCGCCGGAGAGGUUUUGAAGAAUCUUGACUGAAGUCGAAGUGUUGACAGAAAUUUGCCACAUCACUCUUCAUUAACACUAUUAUCUAGCCGAAAUCAAGCAUAGAGCGUAAAGUUCUGUUGGGCUUCGUGCGUGGUUUCGCAUAACCGGUCGAGUCUAUUACCACUGUAGGAUUUAGGGAGCCCAAAGAGUUCACAUCUUCUGCCGACCUCAGCCUGCGAGAUGUACCAAACAGUCAAGUUAAGAGAGCUCAAUCCUUUCAUUAUUUGCGGCAUUUGCAAUGGGUAUCUAAUCGACGCUACAACCAUCACGGAGUGUCUGCACACGUUUUGUAGAAGCUGCAUCGUGAAACAUUUACAAGAAGACAACUUUUGUCCAACGUGCAAAAUUGUGAUCCAUCAAAGCUACCCCAUGAACUACAUUAGCCCUGAUCGCACUAUGCAGGAAAUUGUAUACAAGCUUGUGCCGGACCUUCAAGAGCGGGAGCUUCAGAGACAAAAAGAAUUUGAAGUAGCCAUGUUUAUGUAUCGCACGGGGGAACAACAGAAUGCUUACAACGCCAUGAACUCAAUAAAAACACAUGCUGAUAAUCCGUCUCCGUCGUCUUCAUGUACAUCAAACGAGAAAGAAGAAGUUCAAGAUUAUCACCGAGGUGAUGAACAAGUCGCCAUAUGUAUGGAAUGUUACAGAGCAAACGGGAAAUAUUCACUUAAGCCGUUAACCCGAAAGUAUCUACGUUUAUCAUCCCAAGCGACUGUGUUACACCUCAAAAAGUUCCUCGCUAAGAAGCUGAGUCUUCAAGACCAUAAGGACGUGGAUAUUCUUUGCAAUGAUGAAAUUCUUGGCAAGGAUCACACGCUUAAGUUUAUCUGUGUCACACGAUGGAGAUUUAAGGGAUGUCCGCUUUUACUCCAUUACAGACCAAGUCUCAAGUUAUUUUAGCUUGGCUACCUCAAUAACCAGGAAGCUUAGAGCGUGAAUCAGCCUCUCUUCCAAGCACCAGCCUCUCUUCCACGCAUCUGCCGAGACAGCUCCGAAUUGCUACCAGCUGCAAACAAUGCUGCUGUGAAAAGAAAAAAAAGAUUCAAACGAGCACAGCAGCCGUCAACCACGAGAGCCAACGCGACGCUGUUUCUUUCGACAGAAUAUGUCAUCGGGAAAAUACAAAAUGAAUCAAUUCCUUCGUCUAAGUACGAAAAUGUAUAGUUCGGUUUCAUUUCUGGAGUUUUCCAGUGAGGACGAUUUUAAAAAUUUUGAUCGUGACUUGGUCAUAAUUGUGUAUAAUUACACAUCAUAUGCCAUUCAUCCACGCGUUUCGAUAAUUACGCGCGUUGCGUGUAAAAGCGCUGCUAUUUGCGUUCUAUUAACAGGUAUAACUGUUUUUUAAGAGAUGGAAAUAUUUAUUGUACAGUACACAAGACAUGCAUUCUUGCGCAUUGUAUCAGUCGAUAACUGAUAUCAAACAUUAUAUUUUCAAAAUUUUUAAUAAUA